GCAAGUUUUUAAUAAAAUGCCGUAAUUAAAUUUCAUUGCCUUUUUAGAAAAAAAUAAGUUAAAGAACGCUUAACAUAUAUCUACUGUAUGGAUAUAUAUCGAGUUCAUUAGCGUUGUUGGCGUGGUAUUUUAAAUCUAUGUCAGAGUUGUUUGACCUGCGAUAUCUCAGAAUUCGGAUAUCGUCAAUCCUUAAAUCUUUAUCUAAUAUGCAUUGUUAAUUAGAAUCUUAUUUGCCAUAGGUUAUGUCAUUAUUUUUAAUUUUCGUUAACCUAAGUAUUCUACAAAGGAGGAGAAGAAAGAUCUUAUAAUGCUCCUGUUUUCUACAAAGUGUACAAUAUUAAUAAGAAAGGAACUCUAUUUAAAUGAAGCAUAGAGUUCAUAAGAUCUAGCUUUUCCUCUGUUAUGGUGGCUGUGCAAGUCUUUAUUGAUUGGAAUUUAAUCAUUCUUAAAACAAGUGUCUGUUUUCCAUAAAAGCAUGAGCAACGAGAUGCUUAUAAGCGUAUAUGUUGAAUGAUGGCAAUAAUUUAUUUUUAUGCUUCUAUUCUUAGUAUUUGAUGAUUAAAAUAAUGGAUGUAUCAUGACAUUAUUCUUCAGGGAUUGUAAAUAAAAAAAUAUAUAUAUACAUGUACAUGUACUGAAAGUAAAGGAUAAAGUAGAAAGAUGGAUAGUUUAGAAUAUGAGACUGUACGAAAUAUGACACUCUUAUUUUUCUUUGAACUUCUCAUGGAUAAGGGUGGACCACGUACGUUGCAUGAUUUAAGCUGCCAGUUUGGAGCUAAGGGAUUCACAAAAGAAAUGCGUCAAAUAGCAGGGGGAUCCCAAAGUGGUCUUAAAAAAUUUUUAGCUCAAUAUCCAAUGCUUUUCCUUAUUAAUGGUGAUUAUGUAUCUGUAAAUACUUUCCAACAAAUUACCGAAGAAGAAAACGGAUGUAAAUUAAGCAGUAAACGUGAUUACGCACGAGAGGCUGUAGAAUAUUUUACGAAUAAAUUAAUGCAAUAUGGAGUUGGUACAGAGGUACCAAUUAAAAGUCUUUUGGGACAUAGAUCUCAGGCUUCUCCAGAAGUUAGACAUAUCUCUGGCCAACAUUAUAAAGAAUUUAGAGACUUUCUUUCAAAGUAUCCUGAUGCUUUUGUAGUUACUGAAGAUAAUGUAAUGUUAAAGCAGUAUGAAGGUAUGAAAGCAGAGCCUGCAAUGAAAAUAGAGCCUGAUAUACCUAUUGAUCCAGAUGUUACUGCAAAAUUAUUGGAUUUUCUUUGUGAAUGUAUUGAACAAAAGGGUCCAAUUCUUGUAGAUCAAAUGUUCAAUAUAGUUAACGAAAAAUUUUCUUAUGAAAAUUGGACUUCAAUAUUUAAGACAGCUCAAGAUUUAUGUACAUUUGUGAAAAUGUUUCCCGAUGCAUUUCAUGUUCAAAGCAAUUUGGUAACAUUAAUUGGAAGACCAAAGUCUUCUGUAAUAGAAGGGAAAACAAAAACAAAACACACUAAUUCUGUGCGAAAUCAAAAUAGUAUUUCAAGUCAAAUAAAUGCACAUCAAGCUAUACAGUUGAACAGUACUCAAUCGUUACAGUCAACAACUAAUUCAGAAUCUAUUAGUCCUAAUCCAGUGACUCAGACUAACUCUGUGCAAGCUAAUAAUUCUUAUUCUCAAAUAAAUGAAAGCAAUAACAGUUCUCCACCGGUUAGUUUGCAACAGCAAACUUUAAAGCAAAGAAUAAAUACACUUGUGAUGAAGACUUUGGCAGAUAAUACAGAGAAGGAUCGUAGUUUACAAGUUGCACAAAUGGGAGAUGCAUGGAAAUUGAAAGUACUGCAACAGACUAGAGUAAUUGUAAAUCCAAGAGAAAGUCUUCAAAUCAUUGAAGAUAUAAUAAAUCCUCGUAAGCCUCCACCUGAUGGUAAAAUUGUUGUAUCAAUGGAUUGUGAAGGCAUUAAUUUAGGUGUCAAAGGACAAUUAACACUUAUACAAAUUGGUACUAUGUCUGGACAAUCAUACAUAUUUGACUUAUUUACAUGUCCUAAUAUUAUUCAAGCUGGAGGACUUCAAAAACUUUUAGAACACCCAAAUGUUAUCAAAGUAAUUCAUGAUUGUAGAAAUGAUAGUGUCAAUCUAUACAGACAAUUCAACAUUAUGUUAAAUAAUGUGUUCGACACACAGGCAGCGCAUGCUGUACUUCAAUUUCAAGAAACUGGUAAACCUGUAUAUAAAGUAAAAAAUGUUAACCUAAAUACAUUAUGUGAUCAUUAUGGUGCUCCAUCUAAUCCAUUAAAGGAACAGUUAAAAAGCAUGUAUCGUUGUAAUCAAAGAUAUUGGUGCCGACGCCCGUUAACACGAGACAUGCUCAUUCAUGCUAGCAGUGAUGUUUUGAGCCUGGUCCCACAAAUAUACGUUUCUAUGGCUAAACUCAUAAAACCAGAAGUACAAGUUCUGUUUUCUGAAUUGUGCGAAGAGCAGAUACAAAUGUACAUUAAACCCGUAGACGUGAAGGCACGUAAAAAGCAACGUAAAGUGGAAACGGAAGUCGCAGAUUUAAAAAAGAGGAUGGAAGAAGCAACAACUAAAAAUAUUGUAUUAAGUAAUCGUGAAAUACGCCUUUUACGUUACUUAGAUCUUACCGAGGAUGAAAAAGAGAAGUUAAAAGGCAGUUACAAAGUUGCAAGGAAAUUAGAGAAACUUGAAAACAUGGGUCAAGAUAAAGGAGAUAGUAGCGAUGACGACGACGAGGAUAAAGUUGACGAUGAAUAUCAUAGCAUGGAAAGUUAUACUUCCGAAAAUUCACAUUCUGGUGGUAUAUUGUCACCAAGAAACACUGAUACUCCCAGCCUUACGGAAUCAAUGCAGAUGAUGGAUGAAAUACUUUCUGACGAACGGAUGGACAGAUUUGAAAAAAUUGAAAAGCUGGAAGCUAUUCUUUCAGCGGUGACUGGUUCUGUGACUGAUCAAUUUUCUUCAAGCAACGUAGACGCGUCAUCAUCGAAAUGUGCAUGUUCAUGUCGAGACAAAACCAAGAGUCCACGAACGGAUCAUAAUAUCGGAAAUAGCGUGGCUUGCCAAACAUAUAGUACAGGUGAUAUAGUAAUUACCAAAAUAUUUCUCACUGAGGAAGAAAAAGAACAUAUGGAUGUAAUGAAUUCGCCAAAAAAGUAGAUAACAUAGCAGCUGUGCAAGUAGUAGGAACGAAGUUGCCAUUACUACAAUUUUUUAAAUGAAAAGAACAAGUGAUGAGAAAUACAAGGAGUAUUUAAAAACUAAUCUAUUUUACGUAAUUUGACAAAAUUGUAACAUAUAAUUACAAUCAAUUAAUGAAAUUUUAAUUCUUGAUAUUGAUUGAUUUUUCCAAAUCUGAUGCUAUAGAAAUCAGAAUUUAGGAAAAAUAUUGUUUCUUUACGACACAACAGUAUUGUAAAAUGUUAUUUUUCUUUUUUUUUUAAG